UCUAAUUAAUUAAGCUGGGCAAAUCAUGAAACUAAGAGACUGUUAGAUGAUAAUGUAGAACCAAGAUAUAGUGACAGGGUGAGCAAACACCUGCUUGAAACCUGGAACUGAUGAUGCAUGGUAGCAUCAUGAUAAGAGAGUGAUGAGGUUAAUGAUAUCAUUUGGAUGGUGGCAGCAACCCAUUUGGUGCAAGUAGAAGCAAUCAUGGCCACCAUUGGGCCUUGGAAUAGGAAAUGAAAGGAGUGAACUUCUCCUGUGUAUCACCGGCAUCAGCAGCGAUAUGCACGAGCAUAGAUCGGCGGUCGAUGGUCCGAGGGAGCACCGGAAGAGCGGCCGACCGGCACACGACUCAUCCGAGAGAUCCAAGGAGAGCAAACUCUGCUCUCGGCUCCAUGUCUGGUGCAACCAGAGAGAGGCGAUCUCGCAACCAAAGGAGCAGGAAGAUCUUGGAUAAACCAUCUGAUCUUGUGACUCCGCCGGGCUCCUCGCGAUACUUGUUGAACGACGAUGACUUCUUCGAUGUUUUCCCGAGCGUGGUGACUGCUGCUCCUCUUCUCUCAGUGGAUCAACCUGCUGUCCUGAAGCCACCGUCUUCUACUACGUCACAAGAACAGGUUGUGCAUCUGAGGGUAUCUUUGCACUGCAAAGCUUGUGAAAUGAAGGUCAGGAAGCACAUCUCGAAGAUGGAAGGCGUGACCUCAUUCAACAUAGACUUGGCAACGAAGAAGGUGACGGUGAUCGGAGACGUGACGCCGCUGGGAGUCCUAGACAGCGUCUCCAAGGUUAAGAAUGCUCAGUUAUGGCCUUCCCUUUGAUCGAAAGUCUUCAUCUAUGUGGAACAACGUAUGUGUUGUGAGAUCCGAAAACUAGUGGGAAAACUUAUGGUUCUUCUCAUCAAAUCAUUCUGUUCUUUUCCCUGAAAACUUUGCUGCUCAGGCUAAAUUGGGCUGACGAUCACAGUAGAGAACAGUGCCAAGAAAGAAGCGAGCAACAGGAAUUAAUCCAAGCACCAAACCUUCGAGCUUAGCCAGCUUUCUCUCCCUUGUGAUCCAUGAAUAUAAACCAACCCACAGUUGAACCAGUCCGAUUCCGAGACAUCUCCAGGAAGAAUGCAUGGCAGAGGUGUGCCCACUUGGUGUGCCUUCUGAUAUCAGAGCUAACCUUUGAUUAAUUGAGACAAGGAUGUCAUGCAUCCAAGUCUCUACUAUUUAAUACCUGUUCUUGUCAUGGUAGGACAAGCCAAUAAAUACGCUGAUAACAAUUAUUCCCUCGAGAA